ACCGUCUCUUUCUCUCUUUGGGAGCGUGAGAGAGAGAGAGAGAGAGAGAGCUUCAGAUCGUGGGCUGUGGGAUAUAAUCGCCCCAGUUUUACUGUUACAUCGAGCUCCUCUCUGGCCUCCGUUACGACGCCGUUCCGUUCCGUUUCGGGUUCCAAGCUUUUUCUUUUUUCUCUUCUUCCUCGCAUUCUUUUUCUCUAUUUUUUGCUUUUGCGCUUUAUUCGUCGAGUGAAGUAAAGUUCCUUCUUCAGUAAAUCUUGCUUCAAGUUUGCUUCAAGUUCCUCCUAAGCUAUCUCAAUGGCUCCUUCUCCUCCUCCUCUGGAUCCCAGAGAAGCUCCAAAUCCGAAGCGCUGAGUUUUGUUUGUAUUCGAAAAAGAGCACAAAUCAGAGUAGCAGAUAAGCUUCAGAGCUCAGACUGAAACGACAAGCGUCGGCAAGUGUGGUCUAGUAUGCUUCUAGCCACAUUGCCCAUCCACUUGGAGAGCCUCUAACGGUUUUGUGAAAACGACAAAGAAUUUGGAGUUUCGAUUAAUUGGUUGUUGGGUUGAGAAGAGCAUUGGGUGGAAAAGUUAGAUAAUGGGGGCAAUUGGUGGGGAAGAUCUAAUGAAGUGGGAGAAGAUGCAAGGAGCAGGUGCUCGCGAAGAGAAGAUUCUAGUUUUAGUGAGGUUAAGGCCCUUGAGUGAGAAGGAGGUUGCAUCAAAUGAAGUAGCAGAUUGGGAAUGCAUCAAUGACACCACCAUCUUAUACCGAAACACACUGCGGGAAGGGUCUACAUUUCCAACUGCCUAUACAUUUGACAGAGUAUUUCGGGGUGAUUGCUCUACAAGGCAGGUUUAUGAAGAAGGAGCCCAACAAAUUGCCCUUUCAGUUGUCAAUGGUAUCAACUCAAGUAUUUUUGCAUAUGGUCAAACAAGCAGUGGGAAAACGUACACCAUGGAUGGUAUAACAGAGUUUACAGUAGCAGAAAUAUUUGACUACAUACACAGGCACGAGGAACGAGCAUUUGUUGUAAAGUUUUCAGCAAUUGAGAUAUACAAUGAAGCUGUUAGAGACCUCCUAAGUUCAGAUAAUACUCCACUUAGGCUGCUAGAUGAUCCUGAGCGGGGGACUAUAAUAGAGAAAAUCACAGAGGAAGUUCUGAGGGACUGGAGCCAUUUAAAGGAGCUCCUUUCUAUCUGCGAAGCUCAAAGACAGAUAGGGGAGACUGCAUUGAACGAGAAAAGCUCUAGAUCACAUCAAAUUAUCAGAUUGGCAAUUGAAAGUUCUGCUCGUGAGUUCUUAGGCAAGGGAAAUUCAACCACCCUUGCAGCUAGCGUGAAUUUUGUGGACUUGGCAGGAAGUGAGCGUGCAGCUCAGGCAUUAUCAGCUGGGACGAGAUUAAAAGAAGGCAGCCACAUUAAUCGCAGUUUACUUACUCUCGGGACUGUUAUUCGCAAGCUAAGUAAAGGAAGACAUGGACACAUCAAUUACAGAGAUUCUAAGCUGACACGCAUACUGCAGCCUUGCUUGGGUGGUAACGCUAGAACUGCCAUCAUUUGCACUUUGAGCCCUGCACGAAGCCAUGUUGAGCAAACUAGAAACACUCUUUUGUUUGCUUGUUGUGCAAAAGAAGUGACUACAAAAGCACAGGUCAAUGUAGUCAUGUCAGACAAGGCCCUGGUUAAGCAUUUACAAAAAGAGCUGGCUAGAUUGGAGAGUGAGUUGAGAACACCUGGCCCUCCUUCCUCAACUUGUGAUUACACAACAUUACUUAGAAAGAAAGAUGUUCAGAUAGAAAAGAUGGAGAAGGAAAUUAGAGAGCUGAAAAAGCAACGCGAUCUUGCUCAAUCACGGGUGGAGGAUUUACUACGGAUGGUUGGAAAUGAUAAUGAUUCAAGACAAGCUUCAGCCAAUCAUCAUCCUAAAUGGCAAGCAGGGGAUGUUUCAGAUGAUGAAUAUUCAGUAUCAUCAGGUGUGGUUGAUUCUCAUUAUCCAAAUGGUGUCAGAAAGUUCAACAAUCCACAUUUUGAUGAAAGAGACAGUGAGAGCAGUCCUGAGGAAACUGCAGGUGGAACUGCAGAAGAUACUGAUGACUACUGCAAAGAAGUUCGCUGUAUUGAGAUGGAAGAGUCAAGCUGGGACAAGAACUCUGGAUCCCCUGCCUUAUCUACUAUUGGCAAUGAAGGAACAACAUCUGCUUUGACAUCUGGGGAUACAAGGGUAACAGGUCAAGAAUUGGUAUCUACCCCAGUGAAUGCAGAUAGAGAAGGGAUUCAGAUGCAAAAUGGUUUUGCAUAUGGCACGUUGGAGCAGAGACUACAUGAUGUACAAAUGACCAUUGAUUCUCUUGGUAGUCCUUACCCUGAAGAAUCAUUUCCGCAUGAUAUUUCAGCAAAUAUGUCAAGUUCUAGAAGCCUAAAGUUAACUAGGAGCUGGAGUUGUAGAGCAAAUCUCAUGACUGGCUCAUCUUCUCCGGAUAAAUCGGAGAGAACCCCACCUAAUGGGUUUGAGAAAAGCUUUCAUGGGAGACCAGAAAGUUUUGGGAGGAAGGUUCCUCUAUUACAUUAUGAUUCCAACAGAAGGUUGUCAAGAAAUGAUUCUCAAUCUUCCCUUGGGAGUGCUGUGGAUGAGCUAGGAGCAGCGACUGCCGAUGAAGAUAUUACCAGUGUCCAUACUUUUGUUGCAGGACUAAAGAAAAUGGCCAAAAAGCUUGAGUAUGACAAACAACUUGCCAAUGGUCAGGACCAAGAGACUGGGGUAGCAGCUGAAAACUUAGAGAAGAAUGUGAAAGAUGUAGGAAUAGAUCCAAUGCUGGAAGUAUCAGAAAUACUUGAUUGGCCUCUGAAAUUUGAGAGACAGCAGAGGGCCAUACUUGAACUUUGGGAAACUUGCUACAUAUCAGUGGUCCACAGAACCUACUUUUUCUUGCUCUUCAAAGGUGAUCCAACGGAUUCCAUUUACAUGGAGGUAGAGCUUAGGAGACUCUCUUUCCUCAAGGAAACUUUUUCCCGUGGAGAUCAUGCUGUGGAAGAUGGUCAGGCGCUCACACUGGCUUCAAGCAUCAGAGCUAUCGGUCGUGAGAGACAGAUGCUAAGCAAGCUGAUGCAGAAAAGGUUUUCAGAAGAAGAGAGAAUGAGACUCUUCCAGAAGUGGGGCAUUGCACUGAAUUCCAAGCGCAGGAGGCUGCAGCUGGCCAACCGCUUGUGGAGUAACACAAAUGAUAUGAACCACGUAACGGAGAGUGCUGCCAUUGUUGCGAAGCUCGUGAUGUUCGUAGAACAGGGGCAUGCCCUCAAGGGAAUGUUUGGGCUGAGUUUCACACCCCCGAAAGCAAGGCGUAGAUCCUUUGGAUGGAAAAAUAGCAUGGCAUCUCUUAUCUAAACAUGUUGCUCACACGUAUACUACUUUGUAGAGGCCACAUAGCAUCAUCAAAACCUAUAACAGUUUGCUUAUAAUUACGAUAGGAUUGUAUAAAUCUUAGUUGGCAAUCGGCAUGCUCAGGUUAGAAAGCUAUGUUGUGUUUUGGGAAUAUGAUUUUCUGGUUAAGUUGCAUCCUUAAUGAAAUGUUAGUUUUGAAUCU